AAAUGUUGAAAAACAAGAAAGUUAGGCGUCAAAAUUUACAAAGCGUGACGUUUCACCCAUUUUUACUUUUCUAAAAAUUGUUAGCCAUUAUUCUGGUGACAAAUUAGUAAGGUUUUAGGGUCAUUGGACGUAUGGAUACUUGAAUUACUGUGACCUUGGAAGAUGACGGAUAAAGAGAAUGAGACUGGGGCAACACCUGCCGGUGGGUCGAAAGUAGUAAUGGUAGAACAAUCGACGGUGUCGUCACACAAGCCCUACCGGCCCACUGACUUGCAAGAUGACGCCUCAGGCGAGCUCCAUAACAAACGGUCACGCGCUCCCGCAGUCCCAUCCGUAGCUGAAGAAUUCAAAGAUUCACCUGAGAGUGCUGAAAUCAAGGAACAACUAGAAACAACAAAGGAAGGCGAGCGCGAGAUGUCCGUCGAUAAGAUCACGAAUAUCGACACAAAAGUAUCUUCAUCUAUUAGUAAAAAGCGACCGUCUACACCAGAAGCUAUACCACUAACUCCAAUAGAGGUUGAAGUAAAGAAAACUGAAAUUAUCGCUACACCAGCAUUGCACCCUAUGCAACCCAUACCAGUUGGCCUGGGCUCUAAAGCGUCCGAAAUCUCAGAACUACCAGAUAAAAAGGAAACAGAAGGAAAAGAUGAAGAAGACAGCAUAACGGCAGAGAUUGCAGAACUGCGGACGCCAGAUCCCACACAAAAAUCUGCAGAAUGGUCUGACGAAGAGGAGGCGGGCGGGCUGCCGCGCAGCGACUCUCGCGCGUCCCGCGUCAGUCGCGCCGUGCGCCAGCUGUUCUGUUGCGGCGUGCCGUACGACGCCCCCUCCGAGGAAAACGUGUCGACCAUGCGUGGCGACUUCCCCAGCGGCAUCUAAACCUGCUUUGGCACUCGCACUCGCACUGUACAAGAUAAAGCUUACAAUGUGUUCGCGAGUUACAUUACGUCAGCUGGCCAUUUCCGACUGUCCCGUCUUUUGCGUAGUAAUUUAUUUAACGAAUAAGGUAAGAUGUUCAGAUAAUCCAACAAGAUAUAGGAUGAACAGUUUACCAAAAAAGUAAUGAUUGUCACUGAAAUGAUACUAAAAACCUUGGAGGCGGCUGGGAUCGGGAAUGGCCAGCUGAACAAAAAGCGGAACAAAACUUUCAUCAUGUAAACAUUGCGUAUGUACUUACUGUGUAUAUAAAAUUACAAAUAAAAAUAGAUUAUGUACUUUACUUAACAAGGUUCUGGGUAUUUAUGGAGUUGGCAUAUAGAUUUCAGUAUGUCCAAAGCAUAGUUAGUAUCAGAUGUGACAUUUACAAAUGCAAUUUUACUCAUGCUGUUUAAUAUGCAUACCUAUAAACUAUUGCUUUUAAUAAGAUAUAAUAUACUUCUUAUUGAUUUAUCGAGUAUUAUAGAGUAUGAUAUUAUUUGACUGGGUUAAAAAUAGAUGUAUAUUCAUAAGAAUAAUUUAGGUACAUAUAUUAUACCUAUAGUUACAUUAUCUUUAAUAAUGUUCAGUGUCCAUUCAACAGUUGUGUGAGAAUAUUACAAAUUAAAGUAUCAAUUAAAAUACCA